AACAACAAGAUCAAAGUCACUCGUUACCACCAACACCACAAUAUAAUUCAGCAAUAUUGAAAGACGCAUAUUUUGUUUCACACUUAAACCUUUUAUACAAACACAUUAAGGAUUGUCCUGCGUUUAUCGACGCGUGCAAGCUGGCAAAAGUUUGGCUUCACCAAAGAGGUUUUGAUUCGGAAAAGAAUGGCUCGAACGGUUUCAACGGAUUUUUAUGGUCGAUGCUAAUGAUCUAUCUGUUACAUGGUGGGGGUCCAAAUGGUGACAAGAAAUUGGCCAAUGGAUAUAGUUCCUACCAAUUGAUCAAGGGAACUAUGGAUUUUUUGGCAAACCAUAACUUUUUGGAAUCGCCUGUAUUUAUGAAUGAAUUGAAUAACUCUGAAUUCACUAGGAAAUCAUUUAUAGAAAAUUUUGAUGUCGUAUUUGUUGACGAUUCUGGAACGUUGAACUUGUUUAGUGGAAUAUCAAGGACAGAGCUUGAACAUUUGCAAUUUGAGGCGAAAUUGGCAAUGAAAUAUUUUAAUGAAAGCGUAGAAGAUCGGUUCGAUGCUAUAUUUCUACAGAAAGUUGAUGACAUGAAGUUAAAAUAUGAUAAUGUUGCACGUAUAGUUCAGUUGCCUGUGAAGUAUGAAGAAUACACGGACUCGGUUAAAUUGGAUUAUCCCGACAAGUUUAUAUAUUUCGCACGAACAAUGCCAUCCUUGUUGAAACGAGGACUCACCAAUCGCAUCAAACUCAUUACCAUACACUAUGACAAGUUGCCACCUUGGUCAAUUUCUGAGCGUCCUAUGACUUAUAAUUCGGCCAAAAUUAAAUUAUAUUUGGGUUUCUUAUUAAAUCCGGAAGAGUCAAAUCGAUUGGUCGAUUAUGGUCCCUCACCUGAAGAUGAAAAUGCAGCAAAAGAAUUUCAGAAGUUAUGGGGUAAAAAGGCUGAAGUACGACGAUUCAAAGAUGGCAAAAUUCUUGAAUGUGUGGUUUGGGACUAUAAAGGAAUAGAAUCACGUGGUUUAAUUAUCAACAAAAUAGUUCUUUAUUUACUUUCGCUUCAUUAUGGAAUCAAAGAUGGCAAUGAGGGUAUUCGGUAUUUUGCCGGACAAUUUAAUAAAUUUGUUAAACCGUCUCCAGCCGUUCCAAUGCAAAUCUUUGAUCGGGAUACCAUCAACAAGGGAUUUCAACCGGUGAUGACCGCAUACGAUGAGUUAUCAAAGGUAUUGCUAUCGAUUGAAGACCUUCCUCUUAAGAUAUCUAACAUUAGGGCAACAAGUUCGGCAUUAAGAUACGCAUCAGUAUUUGUUCCUCAGCCAU